AUGGCGGCGGCUCCUCUGCUGCUGCUGCUGCUGCUUGUGCCCGUGCCGCUGCUGCCGCUGCUGGCCCAAGGGCCCGGGGGGGCGCUGGGAAACCGGCAUGCGGUGUACUGGAACAGCUCCAACCAGCACCUGCGGCGAGAGGGCUACACGGUGCAGGUGAAUGUGAACGAUUAUCUGGAUAUUUACUGCCCGCACUACAACAGCUCAGGGGUGGGCCCGGGGGCGGGGCCAGGGCCCGGAGGCGGGGCGGAGCAGUACGUGCUGUAUAUGGUGAGCUGGGCAGGCUACCGCACCUGCAACGCCAGCCAAGGCUUCAAGCGCUGGGAGUGCAACCGACCGCACGCUCCCCACAGCCCCAUCAAGUUCUCGGAGAAGUUCCAGCGCUACAGCGCCUUCUCUCUGGGCUACGAGUUCCACGCGGGCCACGAGUACUACUACAUCUCCACGCCCACCCACAAUCUGCACUGGAAGUGUUUGAGGAUGAAGGUGUUCGUCUGCUGCGCCUCCACAUCGCACUCCGGGGAGAAGCCGGUCCCCACUCUCCCCCAGUUCACCAUGGGCCCCAAUGUGAAGAUCAACGUGCUGGAAGACUUUGAGGGACAGAACCCCCAGGUGCCCAAGCUUGAGAAGAGCAUCAGCGGGACCAGCCCCAAGCGGGAACACCUGCCCCUGGCGGUGGGCAUCGCCUUCUUCCUUAUGACACUCUUGGCCUCCUAGCUCUGCCCCCUCCCUUGGCGGGGAGAGAUGGAUUGGGACUGGGACGGAGCAGGGAGCCUUUGGCCUCUCCAAAGGAAGCCUAGCCUUGGGGCCUAGACCCCUCCUCCGAUGACUGGAAGUGGGGUCUGCACCAUACAUCUGUGCCCACCCCUUCUGCCCCCUCCCCACCAAGUAGGGCACUGUAGUGGACCAGGCGCAGGGACAGCCAAGGGUUCCUAGUGGCCUUGUGGCUCUGGUAAUGUUUGGUACCAAACCCGGGGUGCCAUAAGGGGCAGUGCUCAGGACUCCCUGCCCCCUGGUACCUUUCUCUGACCCCUGAUGCCCUCCUCCCUUGUCCCCCCCGAGAGAGGCAAAUGUGCCCCAGAGAGAGCAAAUCGAAGUGUGGGAGACACCCCCAAUCACUCUCUUCCAGGGGCAGAACAUGGGGAGGGGACUGGAUGGGCGAGGGGGUGGCACCGCCUGCUGCCCCCUUCCCCUGUUUACAGCAAUAAGCACGUCCUCCUCCCCCUACUCCCACUCCCAGGACUGUGGUUUGGAUUGAAUCCAAGUUUACAAGUAGACACCCCUGGGGGGGCCGGCAGUGGACAAGGGUGACAAGGGGUGGGCAUUGUGGUGCCAGGCAGGCAUGUACAGACUAUAUAUAUAUAAUGUACAGAUGGACAGAGUCCCUCCCCCUCCUUAACCCCCUGACCUUCCUUGACAUCCCCUUCCAGCUUCAGACCCCUUCCCCACCAGGCUAGGCCCCGCACUGGGGGACCACCUGGCCCCUCUUUUGUCUUCUGUGAAGACAGGACCUAUGCAACGCACAGACACUUUUGGAGACCGUGAGACAACAACGCCCCCUCCCCUCCAGCCCUGAGCGGGGGACCCAGCUCCCAGGACCUUGCCCUGCCCAUCCUCUGUGGUCCCCACCCAUUCUCCUGGGCCUUUUUCAAGUGCUUUGGCUGUGACUUUCAUACUC